GACACACGUACAAUAUCAAAUUUGUAUUAUUUAUAAAAACCAAAGUUUCGUAUCGAGAUUAAAAGCUAUUAUUUAUAUAAUAGAUUGCAGUAGAGUGGUUCUUUAAAAAAAAGUUGAAAUUUUUCUCAAAGUUAGAUAUAAGUUUUACUUAUUACAGUGUAUUUGCAGUUGAAAUUCAAUGAGAUUUUUAACUUUUAAAAAAAUGUGAAGUGUCAUAAUUAAAGAUUUUCAAUAUCAAUGGCCAGUGAGCGGACAAUUCUUAAAUUUGCAGUUUCAACAGCAGGAAAGAAUUUGAUUACAGGUAGUUAUGAUAAAAAGUGAUGAUUCUGUCACGGAUUUGGAGUCUACUCCUGCUGUUUUUAAUAACAAAAGCUGAUAUAUUGGAUUUUGAUGACCAUACAAACGACGCAUGUUACACUUGCUACUGCAGUCCGGAUUUAACGAGCGUGGAUUGUUCACAUAGAGGCUUAACCAAUAUUCCCGAUGGCAUCAGUUGGAAGGUGACAAAACUCAAUGUUUCAAACAACGAAAUUUCAUCGUUUCCAAGCAACCUUAGUAACCUCUACAAUUUAAUAUCUUUGGACCUAAGUGGGAAUCAGUUAAAUGGCUUACCAGAAAGUGCAUUACAGAAUCUCACAGCAUUGGAAGUAUUAAAUUUAUCAAGAAAUUAUUUUGAAUCAUGGCUAAGCAUAAAUCCCAACGAAGUACUUAAACCAGCGACUAGCCUUAAAAUUUUAGAUUUAUCCAAGAAUAAAUUCACAACUUUGGCAAAUCUUGCAAAUCAAGAGCUCCUUAUCAGCCCCUCGUUAGAAACAUUGAUAUUGAACAGCUGUGAAAUAAACUCUAUUCAUGGGAGAUCCCCUCUUAGCGGACUAAUUAAUAUAAGAGUUCUGAAAUUAAAUAAUAAUCCUUUAUUAAGAAUUCAAAAUUUAAUAUCAUCUACGCUUAAGAGUCUCUAUGUAAGCAAUUGUCAAUUGAGUUAUAUAAGUCACAAUGAAUUUGCUUAUUUGCCUUCAUUAGUGUACUUACAAAUGUCAUAUAACUACCGGUUAGAACUAUCUUCAACAUCAAAUACAUUAUUUUCUAAUUCUCUUAGAUUUUUAGACAUUUCAUAUUGUAAUAUUUUUAGACCUAACUUAUUUGGUUUUCCAAAUUUAAGAAAAGUUAUAAUUAAAAACAACAUGAUAAGGUUCUUGAAGAGUAAUGAAUUUAUAAAUAAUACGAAACUGGAAUAUUUGGAUCUAUCGUACAAUAAUAUAGGUUCAUUCAAAAGUGACACUUUUAAAGGACUAAGUAUGCUUAGAUACUUGGAUUUGUCUUGGAAUGAAAUAGCACAAAUACCUGAAGAAAGUUUUACAGAGACGCCAUCACUGACGCAACUCAAACUUGCUAGAAAUUACCUAAAUAGAGUGGGACACCUAAAAUCUACGUCAUUAUCAAUACUUGAUAUGAGUUCUUGCGAAAUAAGUACAAUUGGUAAAGAUUCCUUAGAAGGACUUCCAUCUCUUAUAGACAUAGAUUUAUCACACAAUCUUUUAUCACAUAUCCCGGAUAGUAUUUCAUCGAAUACAUUAAAAUAUUUAAAUUUGAAUUACAACAGAAUUAGUUCUAUCAACAAUGUGACCUUUUUCAUGUUGCCUCGGCUAAAUGGAUUGAGUGUAAUUGGAAAUAGGUUUACAAAUAUUUGGAGCAGGACUUAUUUCAACUCAAACCUUUAUUUAGAAAGACUUGAUCUCAGCGACAAUAUGUGGAGAUGUGAUUGUGUCGACGAUAAUAUGUAUGACUUUUAUGAAUACGUUACUUUAGAACCAAAUAAAAAAGAGGAAUCGUUUAAUCUAAUAUGCAACAGCCCAAUAAAUGUUAUAGGUCAAACAUGGUUAGAAGCAUGUUAUUAUAAUUGGAACCCUGCUGAAAAAGCUAGAAAUGUCGAUAACUUGAUUUGGUUCUUAAUUGUCAUGAUUGUUGGAUUAGCUCUGUGUUUAUUACUAGUCAAUACUAUCAGGAGAUCAAUGAAACGACGUUUAGGAGCAAUUCAAGCAGAAAGGGAAAGACAAGUUGAAGAAGCUAGAGAUAGACUAAGACAGUUAAGAAUACGAGCUGAACAAGAAGCGUUAUGCAACACGCCUGAUCCAAGAGAUUUGAUUGCACCACCAUCUUAUGACGAAGCUCUCUCUAUGCCGAAGCUAAAUGCUUCUUGUCAUUCUCUAAACGAAACUGGAUCAGGAAAAACCAAACGUAGGAGAGGUAGAAGGAAAACGAAAUCAAGUGGAGAUUUACUCGAGGAAACAGAAAGAAAUGGCGAUGCUCGUGUUUUCGAUGAUAUAGAGCUUACCGAAACUUCUAAUGAUAAUAAUAGAAAUAGGCGUCGCCGAAACCGAAGAUACGGUAGCCAUGAAAUAGAUGAACUAGAGCAAAGUCCAGGAGCCAGACGUAGAAGAAUGUCCGAAUAUAACACCUUAGGUGAUAGUGUAUUGGUUGAAGUUGAAACGGAAGUACAACGACCUCUGCGUCCAAGAAAUCGACGAUAUUCCGACGAAAAUCAACCUAGAGAAAGUGAUUUUUAGGUUAUAAAGUUCUUGUUUAGUAUAAAUUUAUUUAAGAUUGAGAUAUGUUUGAUGGCACUUAUAUCAAGAAAUGUAUAUAUCAAAUGUUUUUUUUUCUAUUUAUAAUAUUUUUAUUUAAGAUUUUUUGUUCAAUACGAGUCUUCUUUUGGUGAUUUUACUUUACAACUCAGGUUUUUUUUAUAACCAAUUUCCAUACAAUAGAUAUUUUGUCAAAAAGGUUUUUAUGUACCAAAGUGGUAAAUAUUUACUGUUUAGUAUAAAGAUGAUUGACAAAGAAAUAACUUCUUCAGUGUUUUAAUAAUUUAAUUUCUAUUGUUUAAUGAGGACCAGUUGUAAUUUAAUUUAUACCUUUUCUACAAUUAAUUAUUUUUGAAUUAAGGUUUAACUAGAACACAGUAACGAAAAUGUCCUCGAUGAUGCAU